CUCCCUUUGGUGCACCAAAGAAACAAUUUAACAGACUGGAUUGUGACACUUGAAAUUUAGAUCGUCUUCUAUCUUCAGUUCGAUUACAGAAAAUGUCUGAUACUUCAAAAUCUCUCUUGUUCUCUUCAGAUACUGUAAGAGAUAUAUUCCUGUGGCGGAGAAAGAAACUAAGCUUAUUGAUUCUUUUAGUGGCGACAGGAACCUGGGUUUUGUUCGAUAUCUAUGAAUUUAACUUUAUUACUGUUGCUUCAUGGAUAGCCAUGGUUAUUAUCUCUUCAUUAUUUAUCUAUGGCAACUUGGUUAGGCUUUUUCGCAAAGAAGAACCAAAUUUGUCUGGUCUGCAAGUUUCAGAGGGAACAGUGGUGGAGACAGCAAAGUCAGUGAAAGAAAUGAUUGAAAAAGGAAUCAAUUGGAUGUUCUGUUUGAGUGUAGAGAGAGACGUAUUAGUUUUCGUGCGAGUUGUGGCUUUGCUGUGGCUGCUUUCUUACGUGGGGAGCUUCUUUGAUUUCUUAACACUUCUCUACAUAGGUACAGUGGUGGGGAUGAGUGUUCCUCUGAUUUAUGUGAAGAAUGAAGAAAGGAUAAAGAAGUGUGGCGAGUGGAUAAGGAUGCAAGGAAAGAGAUUUUAUGAAAUGGUGGAUGAGAAAGUGUUGAACAAGGUGAAGAAUAAGGUGGUUAAAGUUAAAGAGAAGGAUAAAGACGAGGAAAAGGAGGAGAAGGAGAAGGAGAAGAAGGUUGAAUAAAUUAAAGUAGUGUCUUGCAUUAUUAAGAGAAAGGUGUAAUGUUGUACAUAAUGUGUUGAAAGAGUAGCACUACAACAUAUAUGUUAUUUAUGAUCCUUGCUUUUUAAAUUUCUC